CGCUGGUUAUAGUAGGGUAUAUUUGUUUUUCGUAGUUGACAACAAGCAUGGCGGGUAGUGCUUUGUACUCCAUUAUUCACAAGCAAGAAAAUGCACAUGAAGACAGCAUCUGGAGUUGUGCAUGGGGCCGCAGUAAUAAAGACAACAUAGAAAACAUUGUCACAGGCAGUAUUGAUGACAAAGUCAAAGUUUGGAAAUGGGUUGAUGAGAAGUUGGAGCUGAGACACCUGCUGGAGGGACACCAGCUGGGCGUCAUAUCUGUGGACAUCAACAGCGAUGGAACUUUUGCAGCCUCCAGUAGUUUAGACAGCCACAUUAGAGUGUGGGACCUUGAAACUGGGAAGUGUGCAAAGAGCAUAGAUGCUGGACCAGUGGAUGCAUGGACGGUAGCAUUCUCUCCAGACUCGCGAUUCCUCGCAUCUGGCAGCCAUCAUGGGAAGAUAAAUCUCUUUGGUGUAGAUUCUGGACGCAAAGAGUCAUCGCUUGACACAAGAGGAAAAUUGACACUAAGUAUAGCAUAUAGCCCUGAUGGAAAAUACAUCGCCUGUGGAGCGAUUGACGGAAUUGUCAACAUGUUUGAUAUAGCCACUGGCAAGCAUAUCCACACUUUGGAAGGUCACGCCAAGCCUAUUCGUUCACUCUGUUUCUCCCCAGAUUCUCAACUUCUUGUGACCGGCUCAGACGACAACCAGAUAAAAAUUUACGAUGUGUUACAUGCCAACUUAGCUGGGACAUUAUCAGGACACGCCUCUUGGGUUUUGAAUGUCACGUUUUCACCAGACAAUACACACUUUGCCUCUAGUUCUUCUGACAAGACCGUUAAAAUCUGGAACGCAGGGACCCGACAGUGUGUGCACACAUUCUAUGAUCACACUGAUCAGGUGUGGGGAGUGAAAUACAACCAGGCGGGUACUCGGAUAGUUUCUGUUUCGGACGACAGGGCGGUUCAUAUCUACGACAUUCCACAGUGAAUAAACAAUAACAAAGUAAUUGUGAAUGUUCGAUUGUGAAUCUGUGAAAACAUGGCUUCUUAUUAGUGCUGAAGUUUGUGUAAUAGUUAUUGUAUUAAAAAUAAACUAUUUUCAACAAUAAACAAAAUGUUGAAACAAGUGGUGAAAAUGUUUUGAAUAUAAAUUUAAGUGUAGAUUGUUUGUUAAUUACUGCUAAAUUGUGCAUUAUUGUGUAUGCUUUAAAUUAAAGUAAGGGGGGAAAUCUUUGACAUCUCACUGUGAAACAAUAAACAGUGAUUUUUUUUGCUUAAAUUUGUUACAGCCUGUGCCAUUUGAAUUAGGAAAAUUAGCGCGAUAAACCGUGAAAUUGGGAAAAAUAGCGCGAUAAACCAUGAAAUUGGGAAAUAUUAAGCAUUAUAAAUAGGAUUAUAAGUAACAGAAGUGAUAUUGUUUUUAAGUGCAUGUUGAGGGAGUUUUCUAGAAAAGGAGUCUGGUCAAAUUGGUGUUUUUUUAAAUCAAUAAAAGUGGCAAGUUUGGGAAUGAUUUAUGGACAAAAAUGACUAAAUUCAAGUUAUAUAUUAUGUAAGAUGUUUAAAAAAUAAAGUUGAGACCUAGAUUUAAGAAAUCAUAACUAAGUUAUAUGAGACUUCUUUCUACAAAAAAAAAAAAAAAAAAAUUUUUUUUUUUUUUUUUUUUUUUUUUUUUGAAGUUGGGCUUUUUUUGGGAAAUUUUGGUCAGAAUUUUGGGAAAAAACGUGUAUUUUUGCGAUUGGGAAGCAGCCGAAAUUCGGCUGUAAAUUUGAGCAAAAAAAAUCACUGAUAAAAAACUAUUUUCAUCUCAAAAUUGUGAAGAAUUUAUGAUAAUUGUUAUUUAAUUUAAAAAGACAACUGUAUAAUGUUCCGCUGGGAUCAAAAGAAAACAAACUUGCAAGUGUGAAAUUGUGAGGAAUUGGCUUCAUAAUUAGUACUCAAAUAAUUUGUAUGUGUUGAGAAAAAAACAUUCUUUUCAACAGUGAGCACACUAUAAACAAUACAUUGAGAACGUUUGGAAUAUAAAUGUAUGACCAAAUAAUGAGUCGUGUAAUGAAUUGAUCUUGUAUUAAAAAAUGUAUGAGCCUCGUACUCUAAAUGGACAGGAUUGUGAUAAUGUUUCGGAAACUGAUGAACAAUUAUAGUGUAAAAACGUCCCAGUGUUAGAUUUGAAUGCUACAGCAAUUCCUGUGAGCACAAUGUUAUGUAAAGCAUAUUUUCAAAUGAACAGAAAAAGAUUGUUAACUUGAAUAUAAGAUAUUGAUUGUAUAAAUUAUAAGUAUGCCUGAUACUGUUUGUAAGUACUAAAAUAAUUUGACAUGAAUUCACAUUAUUUCUGUACAUUCUAUUAGCAUGGAAAUAUAAUGUAAUGAUACCA